UUAUAACCCGUGUCGUUCAAUUCUGUUACUGAAGAAAAACAACCUGCUUUAAAUUUCACCAGGAAAUCACUAGUAGUGUCACAUGUGGAGUUGUUGUUUAUUUCAACUUGUGAUAGCCAGACGUGGGGAAUGUGAACCUUUGUUGAUUGGUGUACAUUUAAUGGAUUAUAAAUCUACUUGCAUUGAGAAAUAAAACAAGGUGAAUGAAAUUCGGCGAGCCCUAAGGUUCAGGUGAUCUCCUCAUGGAAACAUCAACAUAGUCAUCCAACCAACCGGAAGUAUUGGCAUAACUGCUAAAGUACGCCAACAACGUUGAGGAUUCGAACCUUUUUUUUUACGUCAGGCAUUGAACUUCAUUCAAACACUGGUCUCUUGUGGAAUUAAAUCAAAGUAAAGUUGUUUUGGAAAUAUGAAUCUCAGUGGAUAGCUUGGAUACAUUUCCAUGGAUACUUUUAUUACAUCUCGGAAGAAACGAAAUUGCUUGGAAAAAUUCUUUUAAACAAGGUACGUGACAGAGUGUGCACACUUCUUCCAAAGGCGUGACUUCUUUCCAAGUCUGUACCUAUUUUGUAAUGGCAUGGGCCUGACAGUCAGGGGCAUCACUGGACGCCACACUGUUUCACGACAUCAUGGAAAACCGCCUUAGCUUUAAUGAUAGCAAUGGCAGCUUUGACCCGAUCAGAUAUCAGCAGCAGUUGGGCGAUGGUGCCAGCCCCGAGCACGAUGAAGCCGUUAGGCAUGCCCUCACUUACUACCUAAUGGGCAUUGGAGGCACCAUCGUGUGCUGCCUGGGAACAGUGGCCAAUGCUCUCUCCGUAGCGGUCCUCACAAGAAGGACGAUGAGGUCUAGUACGUAUAUGUACCUCUCGGCGCUUGCCGUCUGUGACUCCCUGGUGCUGUUUUUCACUCUCCUCAUUUUGCUGAAGGACACGAGGAACACGGACUCUCAGAACAUGGACGCCUUCCACGCCAUUCUCUUCCCGUACGUGCACCCUACGGCAAUCGUCUUUCAGGUGACGUCCAUCUGGCUGACCCUGGCCUUUACCGUGGACCGCUACAUUAUGAUAUGUCACCCGUUCAAGGCGGAGACGAUGUGCCGGAAGAGCCGGGCUAGGAAGGUAGUAAUUGGGCUAUACAUGGGCGGGCUUGUAUUUAACAUCCCCCGGUACUUGGAAUAUUACACCAAGACUGAGACGAUACCUGCAAACAACUCCAGCCAGGAGUUGGUCCUUUACUUCAUUGAACAGACGCAGAUCUCCAACAGCAGCUUCUUCCGCGAGCUGGUCCACUCCUGGCUUUACCUCCUCUGUGUCUGCGGCAUCCCGUUCUUGACGCUCGUCAUACUGAACGCGUUUCUGAUCCGAGCCGUCCACCUGUCCAGGUUGAAGGGUAAGGAGAUCAACGCCAGGGAAAAGCACCGCAACGACACCACCAUCAUGCUCAUCGGAGUCAUCAUCAUUUUCCUCAUCUGCCAGGGACCGGCCCUCGUGUCGAGGCUCAUCUACGCGUUCCGGCCCCAUGCCUCCAACACGAUUCCCAUCUACACGCUAAACGAAAUCGGAAACUUCCUUGUGAAUCUCAACUCCGCCAUUAACAUCGUUCCGUACUAUCUCUUUGGAAGGAAGUUUCGGAGCGAGUUCAGAAGACUCUUCUGCAUGUGCUUCUUUGACAAGGACGAGCUCCGGCGGAUAGUUCGGAGUUACAGUGUGUCGGCUGACCACCGGCGAGCCAGCCACCACAAUAUCAUGGAACUGAACGGCCUCCGCCCGGAUUGUCCGCAAAACAACGUCACGACUAAGAUGGAGCUCGAACAGGUCCACCUCAACGAGAAGUCUACGUGUACGGCCUACCAGAACUCUAAGCAUCCAUGCAACGGGGAUGGUCCGGCCGUCCGGCACAGUGAAACGAACGACAGCGUGGCCGUGCCUUUAAUCCAUAGCUCCAAUAACUCUUUCUGCUCCAACGGGCUAAACGCUAGAGACGCCAGCAAAGACUCCAUUAAGGAAAACGGCAUAACCCGUUCGCCAUCACAGUCGCUUGCGCCUCCGGGAUCGAGGCUGAACGGACAUGCGCAGUACAUGACUAUAACAGCCAGCCCUUGUAUUAACGAGCCAUCGUGGUCAGUUGUAUGAC